ACUGAGGUUUAGAUUCCUCCUAGACCAGGAGGAUCCGGACUAUGUCUCCCCCAACCUUCCUCCUGCUGCUGUCGGGGGCCCUGGUGCUGACCGAGACCUGGGCAGGCUCCCACUCCUUAAUGUACUUGCACACUGCGAUGUCCCGGCCCGGCCUCGGGGAGCCCCACUUCGUGGUCGUCGGCUACGUGGACGACACGCAGUUCCUGCGGUUUGACAGCGACGACCCGAGUCCCAAAAUGGAGGCAACGGUGCCGUGGAUGCAGCUAGAGGGGUCGGAGUAUUGGGAGAGCGAAAAGCGGAUUGUCAAGAGCCACGUACACAUUUCCAGAGUAAGGUUAAACAACCUGCGGCUAUACUACAACCUGAGCGAAACAGGUUCUCACACCUUGCAGGUAAGGACUGGCUGUGAAGUGAGAAGAGAUGGUCCUAUAAGCGGGUUCAAUCAAUUCGCCUAUGACGGCACUGAUCACCUCACCCUGAUGGAGGAGCUGCACGCCAGGACCCAAGCAGGCAUGGAGGUUCGGCUCUUGGAGGAUGAGUGGGUGGAUGCCGUUGCACAAGAGUUCAAUAUUCCCCACCUGGAAUGGGAGUGUGGGCAGUGGCUCCAAGGACAACUGAAGAAAGGGAACAGGACACUGCGUGCAAAAAUCCCAAAGACACAUGUGACCCACCACCCCACCUCUGAGCAUGAGGUCAACCUGAGGUGCUGGGCCCUGGGCUUCUACCCCGCGGACAUCACCCUGACCUGGCAGCGAGAUGGGGAAGACCUGACCCAGGACACAGAGCUGGUGGAGACCAGGCCUGGAGGGGACGGAAACUUCCAGAAGUGGGCGGCUGUGGCGGUGCCUUCUGGAGAGGAGCAGAGAUACACGUGCCAUGUGCAGCAUGCAGGGCUACUGGAGCCCCAAGUCCUGAGAUGGGAGCCACCUCCUCAGUCCUCCAUCGCCACCGCGGGCAUCAUUGCUGGCCUGGUUCUCCUUGGGGCUGUGCUCACUGGAGUUGUGAUUUGGAGGAAGAGCACUCAGAUACAGAAAACAUUAUAUGAAGUCUGAG